AUGAGCUUCCGCAGACUCACGAUGAGUUUCCACAGACUCACGGUGACCUUCCACAGGACGCGGCGGAUAUUUCUCGUCCCGCUUCACCGGCUCGACCUCGAUUUGUCAUAUGUGUCGAUUACGGCACAACGUAUACCGCUAAAACUAUCCGACAUUUUCGUCGUCCAGGAUUGGGGCGGCGGCGAGUCCAUCCCCAAAGUUCCCUCCCUUUUCACGUACGAUCCCCAGGGUGGAGGCUGUUGGGGCCACAAUAUCCGCGAAAACUCGGUCAUCAUUCGCUGGACAAAGUUGGAGCUGGAGGUCCCCCGAGACACCUCGGAUGGCAAUGUACCCGAGCACCUUAUCAAAUCUUCGCCCCAAAUCAUGACGGCUUACCUUACCGAGGUGGCGAAAGCUGUCCGAGCCGACAUUGAAGCGAAGCGAAGUGCGGCGACCGAGCUGUUGGCCAGGUUUCCCAUCGAUCUCGUCAUCACCCAUCCCGCGGAGUGGGAUCAAAGAGCGAAAAACACCACGUUUAGGGCCGUAAACGAGGCUUUCCGCAAUUACGGCGCCUUUCCGUCGUUGAGGACGACACCCGGCUCCGUUUACCUCGUCACGGAGCCGGAAGCGUGUGCUCAAUAUACGGCCGUCACGGCUUCGGAGCAAGGCGUGGGGAGCGAGAACGUGGGGGCAACUGUCAUCGACAGGAAUUUCCUAGACCUCGUCAAACAGAGGCUUUCGUCCGAGAACUACCAGAAGCUGAUGACGCUCGGUAAUGGGCCACGAGAUAUGGAAGACCUGUUCAAAACAUCAGUCGAUCGCACCAUCGAGUUGACCGAACAGCAAUUGGUGCAGGUCGACUCGUGGACCCGUCGUCCCGCGAGCGCCAUUUUCCUCUCUGGUGGCUUCUCGAGAAACGAGUACCUAUUUCAAAAGCUCAACGAGAUGGCCCGAAAUAAAAGAUUGCUGCUCUUCCGGGGUAGUGACGAGAGAAACGAUAGUUGGACAGCCGUCUGCAUGGGAGGCGUCAUCAUGGGUCUUGGCAUGGAGUGCUCGCCCCUACGGCCAGCAAACAAGUAG